UUUAGCCUGGGUGUACAUUUCGGAUGCUGUUGUGUUGUUAUGUAGCUAUCAAAAACACCAAAUCAUGCCCGGCAAGACAGCCGUUAAAAUAAUGUCUUUACCGUGAAUACAGGCGCUCAAAGUUAUCUGUUAAAAAUUCGUGUACGGACUGAAAACGUCUCUAACCGUGUGGGCGGUGUGUUAGCUGGGUUGCGAGGAGUGUUUUGUGCUGAUCUGAGGCCUUGUCGCAAACCCAACCGCUCAAAGUCUCAUAUAACCGUCCGGGAUUUCAUGUUCAGGUUUUUGGUUCAAAUUUAGUGUUUUCCCGUCGGAAGAUGGAAACUGAUAAGUUCAACUAUGUUUACAGCUGUGACUUGGACAUCAACGUUCAACUUAAGAUAGGCAGUUUAGAAGGAAAACGAGAGCAGAAGAGCUACAAAGCGCUGCUUGAAGACCCCAUGCUGCGGUUCUCUGGCCUCUACCAAGAGAACUGCUCGGACCUCUACGUCACCUGUCAGGUGUUUGCUGAAGGAAAGCCUCUCGCCUUGCCUGUUCGCACCUCAUAUAAAGCAUUCAGCACACGUUGGAACUGGAACGAGUGGCUGCGGCUGCCAGUCAAGUACCCAGACCUUCCCCAAAGUGCCCAGGUGGCUCUCACAGUGUGGGACAUCUAUGGGCCUGGCAGAGCUGUACCCGUGGGGGGCACCACUGUCACUCUAUUUGGCAAAUAUGGUAUGUUCCGGCAAGGGAUGCAUGACCUGAAGGUUUGGCCGGGCGUGGAGGGGGAUGGAGGGGAGCCCACCACCACACCGGGACGCACCAGCAGCAGCCUGGCAGAGGACCAGAUGGGCAGGCUCGCCAAGGGCCCUGACCUGGAGGUACUCAGUGAUCUGACGAAGGCCCACCGACAGGGCCACAUGGUGAAGGUGGACUGGCUGGACCGGCUGACCUUCAGAGAGAUCGAGAUGAUCAACGAGAGUGAGAAACGCAGCUCUAACUUCAUGUACCUCAUGGUGGAGUUCCCCCGUGUCAAAACAAAUGAUAAGGAGUAUAGCAUUGUCUACUAUGAAAAGGAUGGAGACGACACAUCACCUGUUCUCACCAGCUGCGACAUCGUCAAAGUUCCUGACCCACAGAUGGGGAUGGAGAACCUUGUGGAGAGCAAACAUCACAAACUGGCUCGUAGCCUCCGCAGUGGGCCCUCAGAUCACGACCUGAAGCCCAACGCUGCAACACGCGACCAGCUCAAUAUCAUCGUGAGCUACCCUCCAACCAAGCAGCUGACCUCUGAAGAGCAGGACCUGGUGUGGAAGUUCAGAUACUACCUCACCACACAGGAGAAGGCAUUGACAAAGUUCCUCAAGUGUGUGAACUGGGAUCUGCCCCAGGAGGCCAAGCAGGCUCUGGAGCUGCUGGGGAAGUGGAGACCCAUGGAUGUGGAGGACUCCCUGGAGCUGCUGUCGUCCCAGUUCACCAACCCGACGGUCAGACGCUACGCCGUGGCGAGGCUGCAGCAGGCGGACGAUGAGGACUUGCUGAUGUAUCUUCUCCAGCUGGUUCAGGCGCUCAAAUAUGAGAACUUCAGUGAUAUUCAGGGAGGCCUGGAACCAGGCAGCAAGAGAGACAGCCAGGGACUUUCAGAUGACUCGGCACUGGACAGUUCCCAGAUUCUGUCCGGCACAUCUGGGCCCUCCUCUGCUCCACAGAAAGCCAAGGAAGGAGCUGACAGUGAGAAUCUGGAGCAAGACCUGUGUACGUUCCUCAUCUCCCGUGCUUGCAAGAACUCUACACUUGCCAACUACUUGUACUGGUAUGUGAUUGUGGAGUGUGAGGAUCAGGACACUCAGCAGAGAGAUCCAAAGACCCACGAGAUGUACCUGAACGUCAUGAGGAGGUUCAGUCAGGCUUUACUUAAGGGUGAUAAGAGUGUGAGGGUGAUGCGGUCUCUGUUGGCUGCCCAGCAGACAUUUGUGGACAGACUGGUGCAGCUGAUGAAAGCUGUGCAAAGGGAGAGCGGAAAUCGGAAGAAGAAGACAGAGCGGCUGCAGGCUCUGCUGGCCGACAACGAGAAGGUGAAUCUGUCAGAGAUCGAGCCAAUUCCUCUUCCUCUGGAGCCUCAGAUCAAGAUCAGAGGCAUCGUCCCUGAGACAGCUACACUCUUCAAGAGUGCUCUCAUGCCAGCCAAGCUGAUCUUCAAGGCUGAGGAUGGAGCCAUGUACCCAGUCAUCUUCAAACACGGAGACGACCUGAGACAGGACCAGCUCAUCCUGCAGAUCAUCUCACUUAUGGACAAACUUCUGAGGAAAGAGAAUCUGGACCUGAAGUUGACACCUUACAAAGUUUUGGCCACCAGCACCAAGCACGGUUUUAUGCAGUUUGUCCAGUCUGUUCCUGUUGCUGAAGUCCUCGCUACUGAAGGCAACAUCCAGAGCUUCUUCAGGAAGCAUGCACCGAGUGAGAAAGGACCGUACGGCAUCAGCUCCGAGGUGAUGGACACCUACGUCAAGAGCUGCGCUGGUUACUGUGUCAUCACCUACAUCCUGGGCGUAGGAGACAGACAUCUCGACAAUCUGCUGCUGACGAAGACUGGGAAGCUGUUCCACAUCGACUUCGGCUACAUCCUGGGCAGAGACCCCAAACCGCUGCCUCCACCCAUGAAGCUGAGUAAAGAGAUGGUGGAGGGGAUGGGAGGCAUGCAGAGCGAGCAGUACCAGGAGUUCAGGAAGCAGUGCUACACCGCCUUCCUGCACCUCAGGAGAUACUCCAACCUGAUCCUGAAUCUGUUCUCUCUCAUGGUGGACGCCAAUAUUCCUGACAUCGCUCUGGAGCCCGACAAGACCGUUAAGAAAGUGCAGGAUAAGUUUCGACUGGACUUGUCGGAUGAGGAGGCGGUUCAUUACAUGCAGAGUCUGAUCGAUGAGAGCGUGGGCGCUUUGUUUGCUGCUGUGGUCGAGCAGAUACACAAGUUUGCUCAGUACUGGCGCAGAUGAGCAGAGACUUCUGAGACGAGGAUGAACUGGAUCGAACUUUUGCAGAAGGAACACGUGAUCGUACGGCUCUGACCCGACUGAUGCUGCGUUUGUGUGUGUGUGUGUGUGUGUGUGUGGGGGGGGGGGGGGGGGGUGUGUGUGUGUGUGAGAGAGAGAGAGGACGAAGCAAAGAAACCCAAUGACACUGUUAAAAAGGCCAAGAAUGCACUGCCAACCUUUACUGCAAGAUGGCUAAACAAGGACAAGGAUGUCUUUGUUUGCUUAUGUAUAUAUCAUGUAUAUUAAUUAUUAAAUGAAUGAAUGAAAUGUUCGGCCAAAUAAAAGACUGUUGAUACAACUAAACAAA